ACCAAUCCACUUCCAUUUGGAUCGCGUAAUACUAAGCAUUUCUACAUAGAAAAGAGUUAAAUUAGCAUUGUCAUUUCAGUAGAGCUUCGAUAUUUUUUACUUUUCUGCUGAAAACAGCAUAAAAUAAGAAAUUUUCAAAGUGAUAAACGAAUUUCCGUGUCGAACAGAGGUGGUUGUGAAUGCCAAAACGAAAGCGCAUCAGACGUCAUCAACACAGAAUAAGUGUUUGUGUGAAACACGGAGGAGAAAACAAAGACGUGAAAUUAUUGAAUUGCGAUGAGAUUUCGUUUAUCCAACAGACAAUAAGCUACACACAGUCAGACGUUUGCACGUACAUAAAAUGUGCAUAAAAAUGUCGAAUCGUAAUAAAGUUUAGUCCAACUGUAUACAUUUCACGCAAACGGCUUACAGCAUACAGCUUUUUUUUACUAAUCUAAUAUAAAACCUAUGCUCGAGGUCAAAAAAGACAUUUUCAUCUCUUGUGGUGAUAACAAAUAAUAAUAAAACAAAACACAACGCUAAAUCAAAACAACAAUCAAAACUUAAACUUAACCAACACAGCAAAUAUGCUGUUACUUAGGAAGCGCAAAAACCACUGCGUAAUGGCAACUGAUCUCCGAUUGCUCCUCUUGACACAACUAAUUGGUGUAUGCUUAUCGGCGCUGGCGCAGGCACAGUUGAAGCUACAAAUUGCCGAUUUACAAGUCGACGCAACACGACGCGAGUACUUCGCCCUACAGGACUCGUUGUGGGAUUACUUGAAUAGAGACGGUACCAGCAAAAGUUCGCAACUGCGAAAAGUUUACGACUCGCAUCGCAAAUUUGUUAAUGACAACCUACAAAGCAAUUUCGAGGUGGGAAAGUAUGAUAUACUAAAUCACUACGAAUGGAGUCUACUGGAGCGCGACUUGCUGCAAAUCGACAGCAUAUUCGGUUACUAUAAGAAUUUCAUGACCGAGCACAACAACACAGCUGAGCUAAAUGAGCGCGCCGUACUGGACAUCUGCGAGACGGCGCUACGUAACGACAACACCUUUUCAAUGUCGCGCAUUUUCCAGGAUGUCGAACUAGUGAUGGUGAAGCAAGCACUGUAUUACAGAGCAAUGCUGGAAUCGAUGGACCAAAUAUGCCACACAAAACAAUCGGCCCAGCAGUUCCUUAAUUCGCUGUAUGCGGAUAUAGCCCUAACCGAACUAAAGGGCUACACUAUGAUGCAGUUUUCCUGGAUGAUGUUAAGGAUCUACGGCAAAGGUAACUUUACACAAGAGGUCGAUUUAAUGCGCAUGGACUUUGAGAAACGAACUGAGCGCACGCUAAAAUUAUUGCGAGAAGUUAUGCGGCGCGCCGAUCGCAUUGUGUGGCGUUGCGAUCCUGCUAAAUUUGUACGGGGCAAAAAUUACGAUGAGGUGACUCGGCUUUUACAGGGCUACAUCGAGAAUGAAGUUGACUUGAAUAAGGAGGAAACCUGCCGUGAGACUUGCGAUUUUUACCAAUCAACCAGAUCGGAGGGUUGCUUUAAAGAUCUGUACUGCGCACGCCAACCCAGAUGUUCUGGUAAAUUGUAUCACUGCACAUUUGUGGACUCAGACAUGUGGGUGUGCCCUGCUAGCCGUAAUAGUACGCGGCGCUAUGAAUACAUUGAAUAUGAAAAUGGGCGCGUACUUGGUCAGCGAUCAGCCUGUGUGCGUGGCACAACAAAGGUGGACUCCUGGUGGCGCUAUCUUUUCUGGCAUUGCAGCUACUGCUUUUGUUUGUGCGAUGAGAUUAGUAUUAAAUCUGAUCGCUACUUCAAUCUUCGCGAAACAGUAUCUGAUGUGGAAAACAAUAAGGUCGUCACUGGCUUACGUUUCGUGAAAAAUAAUCGUAUAUUUCACUUACAAAUUCAAGAAGGACAACUUUUACCACGAGGUGCCAUAAAUCGAACUAGCCUCUCUUGGAAGCCGUUUGAAGACUAUAAAAUAUUCGAUAGAGACGUGCGUAAUGGGCGGGACUAUCACACGCUUAGUUUCGAAAGCCGCUCGGUCGACUUGGACGACAUCUACACAGACGACAAUUCAUACGUUGUCGUUGGUGUGCGAUUCCGAGUGGUUGGCGCCCAUUUGAACGUAGAGGCCAAGCUAGCCGAAUACGACUUUAAAGCUGGCAAAUUAAUAAAUCCGGAAAUCAAUAGCUUUUGGAAAUCCAACGACAACACAGAUGUUAGCGGCGACCGAAGGCAAAAAAUAAAUCUUCACAGCCCGGAUAUGUCUACACGCACUAUUGUCAAAUCUAUACCAGACUCUCGACACAACCAGUACAUUGACUUUGUCAAUACGAGCUUGGAAAAAGAUGCUGCGCAAAGCACUGUGCCUUUUAUUGAUACACAGGAAGUGGUAUCCAAUCCUCCAGUGCCUCUUUCCGGCCUCGGCAUAUAUCAUAAGGGGCAAAGCGGUUAUGGCGGUUUUCUUGCACCAAAGAUUAUGACCUACGACUUUACGCCGCACAUUCGAGUGCCGCAAGAUAAGGACUAAAUUAUAAUGCUUAGGAUGUACCUUUAAUUACUAACGUACGUAGAUGUAUGCGUCUGUAUAUUUAUUGAAUCACUGGCACUACCCAGUAAAAUUUUUUCCUCAUUUCGGUAACCGCUUUGAUUUGUGUUUAGUUAAAGAAUGCAUUACAAAUAUCUCAAAAUGGACUUUCUCUUACCCUAUAGAUUACAAGCAAUUGUUUAACGACAUGUCUAUGUUAAAAUAAAGCGUUCCGUAAUCUAAAGAGUAAGCGAUGAGUACGAAUUUUUGAUGUUUUUAUCUAUUACAACAGAUAAGAGACGUUUUUGCUGGGUAUUGAAUGAAUACAUCCCUAUGUAUGUAUGUAUGUAUUUCGCAUUUGUAUCUAUUUAUUUCAUAUUUACCAAUACUAACUUUUUAAAAUUAUAAAAAUUGCGUGAAACUUAUUUUUCUAGUUAUCAAAAAGCCAAAUAUGUAUGUACAUACAUAUGUCUGUAUGCGUCUAUAUUGAAAUUGUAGAUUUGGAAAAUUCUCCUAAUCGGGAGAAGAAUAAUAUAAUUUAAAAUAAAACAGCUUUAAACCUCCAAU